GUUCUCCAGCGGCGCAUGCGCAAUGUCAGCUAUUGAAAGCUAGCAGAGGAAACUGCGGAGCUAACCAAUCGUAAGCUAAAUAUAGCAGCCAUUCAUACACAAAACACAAGUUAAAAUGUUUCGGAGGAAAUUGACAGCGCUAGAUUAUCACAACCCCGGUGGAUUUGACAGCACAGAUGAGACACAGUUUAGGAACUGCAUUGUGUGGCUGGAGGACCAGAAGAUUCGACAUUAUAAAAUAGAGGACAGAGGAAACCUGAGAAACAUCCCGAGCUCAGACUGGCCAAAAGCCUACCAGAAGUACCUGCAGGACCUGAACUGUCCCUUUGGCGUCCAGGAGAAGCAGGAGGCAAUAGACUGGUUACUGGGCCUGGCUGUAAGAUAUGAGUAUGGAGACAACGUGGACAAAUAUAAGAACUGUGAGCCUCUGUCAGCCUCUGGAAACAGCGACAAAGCAGCGGACCCUCUCAUCAAUCUUGACAGUAAUUCACCAGAUUUCAAAGCAGGAGUGACAGCUCUGGCCAACAUCCUCCAGAUACAACGACAUGAUGACUACCUGGUUAUGCUCAAGGCUAUUCGUAUUUUGAUCCAGGAGAGACUUUCUCCAGAGGCCAUCACUAAAGCCAGCCAGAACAGAGAGGGUGUUCCUGUAACUUUAGACAAGCACAUCCUGGGUUUCGACACUGGAGAUGCCACUCUGAACGAAGCGGCCCAGAUCCUGCGCCUGCUGCACAUCGAGGAGCUCAGGGAGCUACAGACCAAGAUCAACGAGGCCAUCGUAGCCGUGCAGGCCAUCAUCGCUGACCCCAAGACAGACCACAGGUUGGGCAAGGUCGGCAGAUGAGAGUGAGGAUGAAGACAGACGGUGGAGGAAGGGAGGGACUAAGUAAUGGGAGUUUUAAUUUGAUUUGGCGAGGAAAAGCCUGUCUUUGUUGGACAAAAAUGAGUUUGUAUUUUUAAUUGUGUUGCAUGAGAUCAGAGUGAUCCGAUUUGGAAUUUGGUGCAAAUGUGAGCAAAUGCCAAACUUUCAGAUGCUGUCUUUCAGUUUUGUAUUGCAGCGUGGAUACAUUUAUGUCAAAACACACUACAAUACUGCAAUGGUUCUUGAUUAAUUAGUGUUGAAAUACUCACUUCUGCUAAUAUGUUAGUGGGCUGAACCUUCUGAUCCUCUCCUGGCUGCCUCAAUCUGUCCCUCAACAGAAACCACAGAGAAGCUCCUGAAAUGUUCAAACUGACAGUCACAUUAGUAUCUUUUCUUUCUCGAUGGAAGGUUAUUUUGAAAUGGUUUACAUUGACGCUGUGGGAAAAAAUAUAAAUACAGCUGAACAGA